CGCCUCGCCCCAGCCCCCGGAGCUCUGACGCCGCCUCCGCCCCGCCGCCUGCACGCCUCGCUCCCCAGGAGGGGCGCAGACCCGCGCGCCCCCGGCCCCAGCCGCCGCCGUGAGGGGGCCGCCUCCGCCUAUUCUUUUUUUUUCUUUUCAAUUUUGAUCGGUGGUGGCUGUACUGGGCCUGAGGAAGGGCGCGACACGAGGCCGCCGUCGUCCCGCCACCCCCUCUUCGCUUCCCCCCAGGCCGGGCUCCGGGAGAUGAGCCGGGUGGGGGUCCCGGCUUGGCAGAGCCGCAGGAGGAGAGCGUACUGCCGACCCCGGAGCGCCGCCCGACAGGCUGGUGGGCCAAGCUGUGGCACCCUGGUGAUGCGGGGCAAGGCCCCUCGCACAGUCCACUGAGAGCCCUGAACACACCUCUGGCUGUCACCAUGGCCCGCCUGGCUGCAGCACUCUGGAGUCUCUGUGUCACCACGGUCCUGGUGACUUCAGCCACACAAGGCCUGAGCCGGGCUGGGCUCCCAUUUGGGUUGAUGCGCCGGGAGCUAGCCUGCGAAGGUUACCCCAUCGAGCUGCGGUGCCCAGGCAGUGACGUCAUCAUGGUGGAGAAUGCAAACUACGGGCGCACAGAUGACAAGAUCUGUGAUGCAGAUCCUUUCCAGAUGGAGAAUGUGCAGUGCUACCUGCCUGAUGCCUUUAAGAUCAUGUCCCAGAGGUGCAACAACCGAACCCAGUGCGUGGUGGUAGCUGGCUCUGACGCCUUUCCUGAUCCCUGUCCCGGAACUUACAAGUACCUGGAGGUGCAGUACGACUGUGUCCCCUACAUAGAAGUGGAGCAGAAAGUCUUCGUGUGCCCAGGGACCCUGCAGAAGGUGCUGGAGCCCACCUCCACACACGAGUCGGAGCACCAGUCUGGUGCGUGGUGCAAGGACCCACUGCAGGCCGGUGACCGCAUCUACGUCAUGCCCUGGAUCCCCUACCGCACAGACACACUGACUGAGUAUGCCUCAUGGGAAGACUAUGUGGCUGCCCGCCACACCACCACGUAUCGGCUGCCCAACCGUGUUGACGGCACCGGCUUUGUGGUUUAUGAUGGCGCAGUCUUCUACAACAAGGAGCGCACACGCAACAUUGUCAAGUACGACUUGCGGACGCGCAUCAAGAGUGGGGAAACUGUCAUCAACACAGCCAACUACCAUGACACCUCGCCCUACCGCUGGGGGGGCAAGACCGACAUUGACCUGGCGGUGGAUGAGAAUGGGCUGUGGGUCAUCUAUGCCACUGAGGGCAACAACGGCCGGCUGGUGGUGAGUCAGCUCAACCCCUACACACUGCGCUUUGAGGGCACAUGGGAAACCGGCUAUGACAAGCGAUCAGCCUCCAACGCCUUCAUGGUGUGUGGAGUCCUUUAUGUGCUGCGCUCUGUGUAUGUGGACGAUGACAGCGAGGCAGCUGGCAACCGUGUGGACUAUGCCUUCAACACCAAUGCUAACCGUGAGGAGCCGAUCAGCCUCUCCUUCCCCAAUCCUUACCAGUUUGUGUCAUCUGUUGACUACAACCCCCGGGACAACCAGCUGUAUGUGUGGAACAACUAUUUUGUGGUCCGCUACAGCCUGGAAUUUGGACCCCCCGACCCUAGUGCUGAUCCUCUCUAUCUUCCAGGCCCAGCCACUUCCCCAUCUCUCAGCACUACCACCACAGUCCGGCCCACACCCCUCACCAGCACAGCUUCUCCUGCAGCCACCACCCCACUUCGCCGGGCACCCCUCACCACGCACCCAGUGGGCGCCAUCAACCAGCUGGGACCUGACCUGCCUCCAGCCACAGCCCCAGCACCCAGCACCCGGAGACCCCCAGCCCCCAAUCUGCAUGUGUCCCCCGAGCUCUUCUGUGAGCCCCGAGAGGUACGGCGGGUCCAGUGGCCAGCUACCCAGCAGGGCAUGCUGGUGGAGAGGCCUUGCCCCAAGGGGACUCGAGGAAUUGCCUCGUUCCAGUGUCUCCCAGCCCUGGGGCUCUGGAACCCCCGGGGCCCUGAUCUCAGCAACUGCACCUCCCCUUGGGUCAACCAGGUGGCCCAGAAGAUUAAGAGUGGAGAGAAUGCAGCCAACAUUGCCAGUGAGCUGGCCCGACAUACUCGGGGCUCUAUCUAUGCUGGCGAUGUGUCCUCAUCUGUGAAGCUUAUGGAACAGCUGCUAGACAUCCUGGAUGCCCAGCUUCAGGCCCUGCGGCCCAUUGAGCGUGAAUCAGCUGGCAAGAACUACAAUAAGAUGCACAAGCGAGAGAGAACCUGCAAGGAUUAUAUCAAGGCUGUGGUGGAGACAGUGGACAACCUGCUCCGGCCAGAGGCACUUGAGUCCUGGAAGGACAUGAAUGCCACAGAGCAGGUGCACACAGCCACCAUGCUCCUAGACGUCCUGGAGGAAGGGGCCUUCCUGCUGGCUGACAAUGUCAGGGAGCCUGCCCGUUUCCUGGCUGCCAAACAGAACGUGGUCCUGGAGGUCACUGUCCUGAACACAGAGGGCCAGGUACAAGAGCUGGUGUUUCCCCAGGAGUAUCCCAGUGAGAACUCCAUCCAGCUGUCCGCCAACACCAUCAAACAGAACAGCCGAAAUGGGGUAGUCAAAGUUGUCUUCAUCCUCUACAACAACCUGGGCCUCUUCCUGUCCACGGAGAAUGCAACGGUGAAGCUGGCGGGUGAAGCAGGUACAGGUGGCCCUGGAGGUGCCUCCCUGGUGGUGAACUCACAGGUCAUUGCAGCGGCUAUCAAUAAGGAGUCAAGCCGCGUCUUCCUUAUGGACCCUGUCAUCUUCACUGUGGCCCACCUGGAGGCCAAGAACCACUUCAAUGCGAAUUGCUCCUUCUGGAACUACUCAGAGCGCUCCAUGCUGGGCUACUGGUCAACCCAGGGCUGCCGCCUGGUGGAGUCCAAUAAGACCCAUACCACAUGUGCCUGUAGCCAUCUCACCAACUUCGCUGUACUCAUGGCUCACCGAGAGAUCUACCAGGGCCGUAUCAAUGAGCUACUGCUGUCAGUCAUCACCUGGGUGGGCAUUGUCAUCUCCCUGGUCUGCCUGGCCAUAUGCAUCUCCACCUUCUGCUUCCUGCGGGGUCUGCAGACCGAUCGCAACACGAUCCACAAGAACCUGUGCAUCAAUCUCUUCCUGGCUGAGCUGCUCUUCCUGGUUGGGAUAGACAAAACUCAGUAUGAGAUCGCCUGCCCCAUCUUUGCCGGCCUGCUGCAUUACUUCUUCCUGGCUGCCUUCUCUUGGCUGUGCCUGGAAGGUGUGCACCUCUACCUGCUGCUGGUGGAGGUGUUCGAGAGCGAAUACUCUCGUACCAAAUACUACUACCUGGGCGGCUACUGCUUCCCGGCCCUGGUGGUGGGCAUUGCAGCAGCCAUCGACUACCGAAGCUAUGGCACCGAGAAGGCCUGCUGGCUGCGGGUGGACAACUACUUCAUCUGGAGUUUCAUUGGGCCUGUCUCUUUUGUCAUCGUGGUGAACCUGGUGUUCCUCAUGGUGACCCUACACAAAAUGAUCCGAAGCUCUUCUGUGCUCAAGCCUGACUCUAGUCGUCUGGACAAUAUCAAGUCCUGGGCACUGGGUGCCAUUGCACUGCUCUUCCUGCUGGGUCUCACCUGGGCUUUUGGCCUCCUCUUCAUCAACAAGGAGUCAGUAGUCAUGGCCUAUCUCUUUACCACCUUCAACGCCUUCCAGGGAGUCUUCAUCUUUGUUUUUCACUGCGCCUUACAGAAGAAGGUGCACAAGGAGUACAGCAAGUGCCUGCGUCACUCCUACUGCUGCAUCCGCUCUCCACCUGGGGGUACUCACGGCUCCCUUAAGACCUCAGCCAUGCGAAGCAACACCCGAUACUACACAGGAACCCAGAGCCGAAUCCGGAGGAUGUGGAAUGACACUGUGAGGAAACAGACAGAAUCCUCCUUCAUGGCAGGUGACAUCAACAGUACCCCAACCCUGAACCGAGGUACCAUGGGAAACCACCUACUGACCAACCCUGUGCUGCAGCCCCGUGGGGGCACCAGCCCCUACAACACCCUCAUCGCCGAGUCGGUGGGUUUCAAUCCCUCCUCACCCCCUGUCUUCAAUUCCCCAGGGAGCUACAGGGAACCCAAGCACCCCUUGGGAGGCCGGGAAGCCUGUGGCAUGGACACCCUACCCCUUAACGGCAACUUCAACAACAGCUACUCCUUGCGAAGUGGGGAUUUCCCUCCGGGGGAUGGGGGUCCUGAGCCACCCCGAGGUCGGAACCUGGCGGAUGCUGCCGCCUUUGAGAAGAUGAUCAUUUCGGAGCUAGUGCACAACAACCUGCGGGGGAGCAGCAGUGGGGCCAAAGGCCCUCCACCUCCCGAGCCGCCUGUGCCACCCGUGCCAGGGGGCAGCGGGGAGGGUGAGGCUGGCGGGCCCGGAGGUGCUGACCGCGCAGAGAUUGAACUUCUCUACAAGGCCCUGGAGGAGCCACUGCUGCUGCCCCGGGCCCAGUCGGUGCUGUACCAGAGCGAUCUGGACGAAUCCGAGAGCUGCACAGCAGAAGAUGGGGCUACCAGCCGGCCCCUCUCGUCCCCUCCUGGCCGGGACUCCCUCUAUGCCAGUGGGGCCAACCUACGGGACUCGCCCUCCUACCCGGACAGCAGCCCCGAGGGGCCCAGCGAGACCCUGCCCCCACCACCACCGGCACCCCCUGGGCCCCCUGAAAUCUACUACACCUCACGCCCGCCGGCUCUAGUGUCUCGGAAUCCCCUGCAGGGCUACUACCAGGUGCGGCGGCCCAGCCAUGAGGGCUACCUGGCAGCUCCCGGCCUUGAGGGGCCAGGGCCCGAUGGGGAUGGGCAGAUGCAGCUGGUCACCAGUCUCUGAGGGGCCUCGUGGACCAGAGGCUGGGGGCCUGGCCUGGGAAGGAACCCAUAGAGGGGCUCUGGUGGGAGUGGGGACUGAUGAAGGCAGUGGCUGGUGGGCUGCUCUCUCCCCAAGUGCCCCUCCGCCGUGGCCCUACAGACCCGUUAGGGGUUCUGACGUGGGCCCCAGGUGCCAGGGUUUGCAGACAGGGUUUCCACCAGCCACAUGUACCAGCUCUGUCUGGGAGAGUGCAGUGAGGAGGAGCCCCAAGGUCCCCAGAAGUGAGGAGUGAGAAACUGGCAGGUGCAUCCGCUUCUGACACCCCUAUCCCUGAAGGUAGCAAGGGAUGUGGCUUCCUUGGAUGCAAUUUCUGAGGUCGCCAAAGGUCCUGCAGGAUCCAGCCUGUCAGCUGCUCCUCUCCCAACUACCAGAAGGCAGCAGUGGGGCAGCAGGACAGAUGGACAGGAUCUUCCUGCACUACAGUCCCUGCCCCCUGGAGACUGGGCCUUACACCUUGAGAAAGUCCAGGCACGGGAUGGGCAGUUGAUGGCUGGUAGUUUAAAGGUGGAACUUUAUGUCAAGCUCCUUUCCCCCUUGCUAUUGGUCCCUGCCCCUCAGUCCCCAGAGUGCACCCUAUAACCCCCUCCUCCCUUGGGAUGACUCCUGAUGAAGCACAACUCCCUGCAGGGCCCCUAGCCCACAGGGGCGGCCAUAAUUUGGGCAGUUCCCAGUCCUGUGGGCUGGGCUAUCUGGGGAGCACAUUUGGGGUCUGGGGCUCCCUGAGGAGUGGGUCCUGGGCUUAGAUCUUUCCCUAGGGGCCCUCUUACCCUUUCUUCUCCUUCCCUAUUACUGUAAAUAUUUCAACAAAAUGGAAAAAAAAAAAGACAAAAAAAAAAAAUCUCAUCACUUGAAGCCACCGGGCACCUGCAGCCCAGGCCAGCCUGGACUUUCCCAAGCAGAGUGGCAACGCCAGCCCUGGCAGCCAGAACUUUUCAUGUAUGUGCAUCCAGCCAGGUGGGCAGCGGCCAGAGCAGCUUUUUACACUCCAGAGACAUCUAGAAGCAACAGCGGAACAAAGAACCUAUCCCUGUCACCUUUGCUCUGUCUGCCCUCCUCCCCCAUCAAGCAGUCCUCCUGGGGCGUGUACCUCACUGCCUGCCCCAGGACCAGAGGCCUGGUCCCCUCCUGCUCCCCACUGGCCAGGGGAAAUGCCCUCAUGCCCAAAGAUGCUUUUGCCAAGAUGGCUGCACUACCCCCUUUGAGUUCCUGCUUCUUGUAUGUCGCUUUGGGACUUUUGGCAGAUGGGAAGAGGCUGGCUUCCUAUCCUGAGGGGUGCAGGAAGGAGGGGUGUGGAAAGCAGAAGAUUGGAGAGUGAAUCUUGUGAUGGAGGGGGAGGUGGCAGUAGUGAAGUAAUCUCUGGGGGAGGUGGGACAAAGGUGAGAGGUCACUUUAUCAUCCACAGGGGGCCAAGGUCCGGGGUCAGGGAGCCCAACUAUGUGCUGAAGACUCCACCCCAAGACCUCAGCCAGACUUACGGUGUGUGCUGAGCACCUUCCAGCCCUUAAGCCUGGCCUGCCCUCCCCCCAGUUCUUUGGGGGUAGUAGCAUAGUUCUGUUGCCACAGUUGUGGGUCCCUUCAUUGCCAUCUCCCAGAGGUGAGCCUGUACCUCUGCUGACCUCACCCUGUCUCCCCUGUCUCACAAGUGCCAUGAGUUUUCAGACAUCCUUGGGUCUCAGCCUGCUGCUGCCAUGAACUUCUUUGGGUUACAGGGAAGGAGCUUAGGAAGGGACUGAGAAGGGGACGGGUAGGUAGCUGGAAGAACCCUUUUUGCUGCUAGAAAGCCCUUUCCCUUCUGGGAAACAGGCUGGCUUGUCCCCAUUAAGAAGGGGAGAAGGGGCCAGACCAAAGAUGGUUUGUGCAGUGGGGGAACAGAUGUGAGAAGAAAGCAGGGUCUGUUUCAUCUCUGUUUUUUUCUGGUACAAAUUGUAACCUCUCACCGGAAGACUAAGGGUCAGCCUAGAUAGGGAAGAGGACAGAAGAUGGGGCCAGUCUUGCCAGGCAGCUGUAAGUAGAGUAGGAAAUGGCUCUGCAGCCCUCACCUAACUUCACUGGGACUAGCUGUGGAUGUGUGGAGGGGCUGGCCCAGGAAACUAGAGUUAGCCCAGCCUGGACCUGAGGCUCCUCAGACACCAGUAAAGCUCCCCAGGAGUUAGAAGGCACAAGGGUCCUGCUCCCUCUCUCCUGCACAGUCCUCCGUCUCCAAAUGUGGAUGGCUGAGGAUAGAGGAUGCCUUGGCUCCUACUCCAGCCAGAAUCACCGUCACGGGGGAUUCCCAGUCCACAAAGUUGUGGGGCUGGAUGCACCAGAGAACCCAGGUGUGCCCCACCCCAACCAGACCUGGUGCCUUGAUGCCCCCCACCCCAGCUGGGACGGUAUAAGGAAGGGUCUUGGUCUCCUCUCCUACUCCCUUCCUUGGGCUCCUGAACUCAUUUGCUCCUAAAUCUUGCUCAUUCUUUCUGGAUUUUUUUUUUUCUCUUGGGUUUCCCCAGCUUCCCCUUUCUCAUGUUACCACCUCCUCUGUGUCUUUCUCUGUCUGUUUUCCUCUCUCCUCAUCCUUCAUUUCUCCAUCCAUUCGGGCCUCCCUGGUUCCAUAUCCCAGCCCCUCCCUUCCUUGGUCUCCUUUUCGAUAUGCCAAACCAAUUUUGGGUCGAGUGCAUUUAACGAGAACAAAACAAAAGGCUCAUAACAAGAACGUUUCAGAAAAAAACAAAAAGUUUAAAAAAAUUGUUGAGU